AUGUCAGAAAUUCCAAGCGAACCCCCAUCCCGAUCCUUCAAGGGCAAGGUGGCCAUAGUCACUGGAGCUGGGUGUGCAGGUGAUGGCAUUGGAAACGGGCGUGCUAUUUCCAUUCUCUUGGCCGAUGACGGCUGCAACAUUGUGUGUGUCGACAGAGAUUGGUCAUGGGCGCGCAAAACCUGCGACAUGGUAGCCGCGAAGCCCGGGAGAGGCGAAACUCUUGCGUUGCAAGGGGAUGUGACCUCUUCGAGUGACUGCGAAAAUGUUGUUCAGAUGGCAUUACAAACAUUUGGCCGGGUCGAUGUUUUGAUCAAUAACGUGGGAAUUGCGGGAGCCGCAGGCACUGCCGUCGACGUCGAUAUGGAACAAUGGGCAAAGGACUUCGAUGUCAAUGUUUCUAGCAUGAUGUUGUAUACGCCUAUGAUGUACGCUGGCGGAAUGAGUGAGGAAGCGAGAGCUGCAAGAAAGGCAAGAAGCCUUCUUGGGACGGAAGGGAACGGCUGGGAUGCUGCUUGCGCGGUUGUCUUUUUGGCCAGUAAUCAUGCAAGAUGGAUGACUGGUGUGAUUCUUCCAGUCGACGCUGGCACCACUGCAGCUGUCGGAAUAGGAAUGACCAAGGCUGCCAGCGUGAAUGGCUAG